AUGCACAACAGGGACGCUACAGGGACGCUACAGGGACGCUACAGGGACGCUACAGGGACGCUACAGGGAUGCUACAGGGAUGCUACAGGGACGCUACAGGGACGCUACAGGGACGCUACAGGGACGCUACAGGGACGCUACAGGGACGCUACAGGGAUGCUACAGGGACGCUACAGGGACGCUACAGGGACGCUACAGGGACGCUACAGGGACGCUACAGGGACGCUACAGGGACGCUACAGGGACGCUACAGGGACGCUACCGGGACGCUACAGGGACGCUACAGGGACGCUACAGGGAUGCUACAGGGAUGCUACAGGGACGCUACAGGGACGCUACAGGGACGCUACAGGGACGCUACAGGGACGCUACAGGGAGGCUACAGGGACGCUACAGGGACGCUACAGGGACGCUACAGGGACGCUACAGGGACGCUACAGGGACGCUACAGGGACGCUACAGGGACGCUACAGGGACGCUACAGGGAUGCUACAGGGAUGCUACAGGGACGCUACAUUGACGCUACAGGGACGCUAUAGGGACGCUACAGGGACGCUACAGGGACGCUACAGGAACGCUACAGGGAUGCUACAGGGACGCUACAGGGACGCUACAGGGACGCUACAGGGACGCUACAGGGACGCUACAGGGACGCUACAGGGACGCUACAGGGACCUGGAGGCUGCCUACGUCCUCCCCAGGGACCUAGUAUGGCACAUUAUUCAUCCUACAGAUUCCGUUCACGGCGGAGGACAAGGUGUGUCCAUCGGCAUCUGGUGUCAUUGA